AUGGAUUUGGCGUGAGUGACACAUCAAGGUCCCUCCCCUUCUUGUCCACUAAUGCGACAACGAUUGUUACGGUCGCUGGAAUCAAAGUUGGCCAGGGAAGAGUGUUCCUGCCGAAGUAUUCUGAGCGGUUCGGUGUCUUUUCCGAAGCGCAUGUGAACCUCUUAGUAGGUUCUUCAGUGAGUGUCUUCAAGGUUACUGCGUUUAGGUCCUUCUGAAGCGGUACCCAGCUGCCUUAUCUGUGUGUUUCCCAACAUCCGGCAAACAUGAGGAUCUGGAUUUGUUUCUUUGCUGUGAUUUUGACAGCUGCGUCCACGCACGGGGGUUCCAAGUUCCAGGAGGCAUGCUCAGGGCAGGACUGCAGUGGAAGAUGUCCAUGCUACUUGGAGAAAGGCGGCAGGGGCCAGCCAGGGCCCCUGGGCCCAAUCGGGCCAAAUGGGUCUAAGGGCUCUGUGGGAGACCAGGGCCCCUCGGGGCCGAAAGGUGAGAAGGGGCGUCCAGGAAUUAAAGGUCCAUCGGGCCCAAAGGGAGACAAAGGACCAAUGGGUGUGCCGGGGUUCCCAGGGAUCGAUGGCGUUCCUGGUCAUCCUGGCCUGGAGGGGGUCGGGGGACCUCCGGGACGUGAAGGCUGCAACGGCUCUGUGGGUGAUGUAGGUCUCAGUGGGCCAGAUGGCCCAGAAGGACUUCUAGGACAGCUGGGACCAAAAGGGCCUAAGGGACAGAAAGGAGACCCUGUGUACUCCGAACGGCCCAACGUUGGGCACAAGGGGGAGUCAGGCCUGCCAGGAUUGGAUGGACUGAUUGGCCCACGUGGUGCGGCUGGGGUCCCUGGCAUGAUUGGACAUAGGGGUCCCAACGGCCUUCCUGGCCGGCUUGGUCCACCUGGUUUGCCAGGCCCAGCAGGCAGCCCAGGACUUGGCCUAAAAGGGGAAAAGGGAGACAAGGGAGAUGUGGGCCCACCUGGGGACCCUGGCAGCCCACUCAGCAAUACGGUUGUGGAGUUUAUGGGCUUUCCUAAAGGAGACAAAGGAUCUAAGGGUGACGAAGGAUUCAAGGGCAUUCAAGGCCAGCCAGGGUUAGCUGGACCUUCAGUCACUUCUGGGUUCCCAGGCGAGGUGGGCGAGAAGGGAAUUAUUGGCCUUCCUGGAGGACGGGGCGUUUCAGGACUGCAUGGACCUCAUGGGCCUCCUGGCAGACCAGGCUUUGUCGGCAGCCUUGGAGCCCCGGGCAGGCCUGGAUUCCCUGGCCCCAAGGGCUAUCCUGGAGAUUCAGGGCCCCCAGGACCUACUAUUUACAGUGAUGGCCCAGGGCAGUAUGUGCAAGGCCCCCCUGGUGAGCCAGGUACUGAUGGGCUACCUGGGCCACCUGGAGAUCAAGGGCCAGAGGGCUUCCCAGGGCAGUCUGGGCCCCUAGGGGUCCCAUCCUAUAUUCCAGGUGAGCCAGGUGCACAUGGUUUUCCAGGACCUUCUGGACUCAAGGGGGAGAAGGGGAACCCUGGCCCACCAAGCGACAGCCUGGAAGGGCUGCCAGGAAUUCCUGGUCCCCCAGGUCUCCCAGGACCCCCUGGCCCGAAAGGGGUACCCAAGUUGUCUGAGAGAGGCGGACCACCUGGACCAAAUGGACAGAGGGGACCGCCUGGGGCCCCUGGGAUCAAAGGAGGGAAAGGAGACGAUGGGGCCUGCCAGUGCUUGGGGGAUGAAGGGGUUGGGUUGCAGGGUUCUGAGGGCACAGUGGGCCCUCCUGGCAUGUUUGGAUUAGAUGGCCCCAAGGGCGUGGUUGGUGAUCAAGGCCCACAGGGCUUCAUUGGUGCUCCAGGUCCCAGGGGGACCAAGGGUGAGUCAGGCUUGCCUGGGCCAAAGGGAAUCAAGGGUGAUACAUUCAUCCCUGCAGGAUUGAAAGGUGUGAAGGGUAACAUGGGUGGUCAGGGUCCUCACGGCCCCCCGGGGAAUAUUGGUAGGCCAGGAAUAGAUGGACUCCCCGGCUUCCCUGGGCUGCCUGGACCUCCUGGUGACACUGGCGCUGUUGGGCUCCCCAGAGACCGCGGCAUCCCUGGGCCACCUGGACUGAAAGGCCAUCCAGGUCGAGUUGGAGAACCUGGGUUUGGGUACCCAGGUUAUGCUGGCAUCCGUGGCCCUCCUGGAGAUCCAGGCGCUGAUGGCCUUCUUGGACAGCCUGGUUUACCUGGCCCUCCAGGGACCACGCUACCCUGUCAGAUCUCCAGUGAAGAUGGAGACCCAGGGCCCCCUGGUUUGCCAGGCCCCCCAGGACUGGAAGGACAGUCUGGUGUUCCUGGAAAAGCGGGUCGACUCGGUUUGGAUGGUGUGAAGGGUGAGAGAGGCGAGCCUGGCUUUGGUGGACUGCGUGGGCCACAAGGCUUUCCAGGGCCGCAAGGGGAUCCGGGGACCCCUGGACUUCCAGGGGAGAGCAGACCGGGACUUCCUGGAAGGCCCGGACUUCCAGGGCUGCCUGGGAUGAAAGGGCGGCCGGGCGAGGUACUGGAUUCCCUUGGGGCUCGAGGCUUGCCUGGCCUGCCUGGAAUAGAUGGAGCUAAGGGCGAACCUGGGGAGCCAGGCCUCUCAGGGACCCCUGGUCUCAGUGGGCAUAUAGGGAAUCCUGGGAUAAAAGGGAUACGUGGAGUGGACGGUCCAGAGGGGAUCCUGGGUAUGCCUGGGCCCCCAGGUGCUGCCUUUGGACCACCAGGACCUCCUGGAAGAAAUGGACUUGUUGGUGCUCCAGGAUUUCCAGGACUGCAAGGCUCAUUAGGUGACCCUGGGACCUCAGGACCUCCUGGAGUGAAGGGAUUGCCUGGACCGCCAGGAGCCCCGGGGUCCCCAGGAUUUCAAGGGUUCCAGGGCCGCCCAGGAGUUGUAGGGCGAGACGGGAUCCCUGGUGAACCAGGAGUGAAGGGUGAGAGAGGUAUUUUGGGAAUGUUGGGUUUCCCUGGAAAACCCGGAUCUCCUGGGGGUCCUGGGCUACCAGGAGCUAAAGGAGUGCCAGGUUCCCCCGGAAUGGAGGGAUUACAAGGAGAGACUGGUGCAAAGGGUCAGAGAGGGAUCCAGGGGAACCGUGGACCUCCUGGGCCGGCACCCAUCUUGCCAGUGCUGAUAAAGGGCGAUGAAGGAGACAGGGGACCUGAUGGGCUUCCUGGCUUUCCAGGUCCAAGAGGUGACAAAGGUGUUGUGGGUCAGCCUGGUCAGCCCGGCCUGCCUGGCUUCUCCGGUAUGGUGAAGGGUGCCCCAGGUCUCCCUGGUCUACCAGGACCCUUAGGAGAACCUGGUUUCCUUGGUCCAAAGGGCUCCCUGGGAAUAAUGGGUUUCCCUGGCAUGCCUGGGUCACAGGGGGAAGCCGGUCCACUUGGAUCACCUGGAUUUACAGGAAGUCCUGGACAGGAUGGGCAGAAAGGUGAGCAGGGUGAUUCCCCUGCUAUACCUGGAGCCCCUGGUCUUCAAGGUCUUACCGGAGACCCUGGAUUCCCAGGUGACCGCGGAAGGCCAGGCAUGCCAGGAGAUGCAGGUGUUCCUGGCAGACCUGGUGUGGAUGGCCAGAAAGCCCUUCCAGGGGAGCCAGGCAGACCAGGUUCAAGGGGACCUCCUGGCUCCUCUGGCAGUCAAGGCCAGACUGGCCUCCCAGGCAUGAUAGGCCUGCAGGGCUUCACUGGCCUUCCUGGAUCCCCUGGCCCUGAAGGCCAGAAAGGACUUCCUGGUCCUUCUGGGCUUGAUGGGCUCAAUGGAUUGAAAGGGGCCAGUGGUCCACCAGGAACCCCAGGUUCAGAUGAAAAAGGCCUUCCAGGGUUUCCUGGUCCUGCUGGCCCUAAGGGGGAAAGGGGCGUGGGCCAGCCUGGUGCCUGUGGUGUCCCUGGGGAGGUGGGCUUCAGAGGAGAACUAGGUAACCCCGGGAUGCAGGGCAUUCCUGGCCUUCCUGGGCCCAGAGGCAUCUCUGUGGCCUCCGACAUUGUAGGCCCUCCUGGAGACCCCGGUUUACCUGGGCUAGAUGGAGAGCAAGGGUUCCAAGGACCUCCUGGCCCCCCUGGUCCUGCUGGGCCCAGUACUGCCCAGGGUGACAGAGGAGACCCAGGUUCCCCCGGCUUCUCUGGUUUGCCGGGUCUACGUGGGGAUCCUGGAAGCCUGGGAGCUCCAGGACUGCCAGGAGGUGCUGGACCCAUUGGGGCCAAAGGAGAAAGUGGGGACCCUGGUGUCAGUGGUCCCCCAGGGCAGCCAGGUCUUGUGGGUGACCCUGGGUUGUUCGGAAUCAAGGGACAGAAGGGUGCCCGAGGUCCCACUGGAUCAAAAGGUUGUCCUUGGAUGGUGGAGGUGCCGGUUGGGGAUCCCGGUCCUGUUGGUGUUUCUGGUCAGAUUGGAGAGAAUGGCAGCCCGGGGCAACCUGGCCUACCAGGGCCUUUUGGUCCAAAAGGGGCAGUGGGAGCCCAAGGAAUCCUGGGACGAAUUGGGCAAGGAGGCCCACCAGGACCCGUUGGAGAGCCUGGACUUCAGGGGCUUUCUGGGCUGCCUGGAGAGCAAGGCACUCCUGGUAAACAGGGCCCCCCAGGCCUGCCAGGCAUAUCCGCACGUGUCAGCAGUUUUGGCUACACUCUGGUGAAGCACAGCCAGAGCAGUGAGGUGCCCGCCUGCCCUGAGGGCUUGGCACUGCUCUGGGAGGGGUACAGCCUCCUUUAUGUGGAGGGCCAGGGGAAAGCCCACAACCAAGACCUCGGUCUGGCUGGCUCCUGCUUGCCGCGUUUCAGCACCAUGCCCUUCCUCUACUGCAACACCAAUGACAUGUGUCACUUCGCCAGCCGCAAUGACAAGUCUUACUGGCUGUCCACGUCGGCGCCCAUUCCCAUGAUGCCCGUGGCCGAGGAGCAGAUUUCAGAGUACAUCAGUCGCUGCUCCGUGUGUGAGGCGUCCUCCCAGGCUGUGGCUGUCCACAGCCAGGACCUCACCAUUCCGGCCUGCCCUGCGGGAUGGCGUAGCCUGUGGAUUGGCUACUCCUUUGUCAUGCACACUGCGGCCGGGGCAGAGGGAGGAGGGCAGUCCCUGGUGUCACCGGGCUCCUGUCUGGAGGACUUCCGCACCACGCCCUUCAUCGAGUGCAGUGGUGCCCGAGGGGCUUGCCACUAUUUCUCCAACAAGCUGAGCUUCUGGCUUACCAUGGUGCAGCCGGAGAUGCAGCUCCGGGAAAUGGAGACGCUGAAGGCCGGAGAGGCGCUCACCCGCGUCGGCCGCUGCCAAGUUUGCGUUAAGGUUUUCUAGGGCUUCUGCCUCGGCUAGCGGACCCCACAGGACCCCAAAGGACAACACAGAAAACGCUCACGGCCCCUUUCGCAUACAGGGCAGGGAGGCAUCUGUGUUUGGGCUGCAAGGAGCUGGAGAUCAACAGUAUUAUAGCUUUAAAUCUUGUGGUGGUUAUGACAUGUUUUAUGGUUAUUUUUGAUUUUGCUUUUGUCUUAUUUUGUUAUUACAUGUAUACAUACAUAUAUACACACACACAUACAUAUAUAUACACACACACAUACAUAUAUAUACACACACACAUAAAUAUAUAUAUAUAGUCGUGAUGUCAGCAAGACACACUGUUGCUUUACUGAGCCUUCAAAACAAACUGACAACAAUUCAUCAGUGUUUCAGAUUCCCUGUGAAAAGAGCAGUGAGCCAUAUUUCACUCAGCCUUGAAAAAUCACAUACAGACCUACCAACAAGCUAUGUGCUGACUGUCUGGAGAGUAACACGACCAAACUAAUGUGACCUAGUGUGCACCUGGAGCACAACACAACACAACACAACACAAUGCACACAUACAGCCAAAACAUGGCUGCCAGAAACCUUUUUCUUAUUUUUUCAGCCUGAAGGAUCUGAACAGAUGUUUUUAGACUUCUUGAAGGCUCACAUUCCGAUCCAGGGGGUACCACUAUAGCCAAUGUAAAGGCUGUGUUUUGGUGCUUUGUUGAUAUCACUGUGUAACGAACAUUUAACUGUGCAACCACGUCUACCACAAAUUAGGGGAAGUAGUCCUUAAAUUCAGUGGUGCUUUUAGAAUAUGAAUACUGUAUUUUCACCCUAGAUACUAUGGAUAUAGACUAUGCAUCAAACAACAGCAGAAUUCUCUUUUGUGAUUGUGAAAUUCCGUGUUCUGCUGUCAUUCCUACUACCAGACUACAGUUUACCAUACUUUUAACAUGCACUUGGGCUAGAUGUCAGAACUGGUGAACAACCGUGUUCUUUUUUCACUAUGCAAUAAACUGAACUUGAAGUUUCAAAACUUUUCACAGACCAUUACUUGCACUAAAUGAACACAGUUAAACUGCAAUUCUAUGGGUAUAUUUAAGCAAUACUACUUAAUUUUUCUAAUAAACUAUCGUCCAAAAUGGAACAUGGUUCAGGUGCUGCUGUAUCGUCCCUAAUAUCACUAUUUUUGUUUAAACUACAAAAUAUGAGCGUUAUAUGGAAAUAUGGAUAUUACAUACCUGCAACACUUAAUGUUUUGAAUAUGAAUGGAUAAAAUAAUUUUAGUUGUGUGCAUAUAUUCUAGUUUUGAUGCAAUGUGUGCACAUUUUUGUGUGCAUUAUAGGGUAGGUCAGCAUAUUAAAAUACAUUUACUGAACUAGAUUUUAGGCCAAACAUUCAAAAUAACAUUCAUUUUGCAAACUGUACAGUAACAUUCUAUUGAACAAUUUAAGUGUAAAAGGAAAUGCAAUUGAAGGAAGCACAAUUUGGGAAUGAAAUUGGCUCUUGUUCGUGAGUCGGGCCGAAUGAUUCAACUCAAAUGGGGCAGCAUGGUGGUGCAGUGGUUAGCACUGUCACUGCACACCUCUGGGACCCGGACUCAAGUCUCUGGCCAGGUUCCGUGUGUGGAGUUUGCAUGUUCUCCCCAUGUUGUUGCUGGCUUUCCUCCGGGUACUCUGUGUCCCCCAGUCCUAAAACCAUGCCGAGGCUGAUUGGAGUUGCUAAAUUGUGUGUGCUGCGAUUGGUUGGCACCUCAUCCUGGUUGUUCCCUGCCUUGUGAGCCUGAAUAGGAUCAGCAGUUUGGAAAAAGGCUGGAUGUGUUCGAAUCACUGACUACAGUGGCCAAGAAAGCCCAGUGUAUGUCAACAUUAACACGAUGCAAAAAGAUGAGAUGCAAAAAUUCACAUGUAAAUGUUUUCUUUAUAUGUUGUGGUUUUUGCAAAACUGUAUGUUCUUCCUUUGUAUGUUCCAUAAGGCCGGGUGAUGUGGACCAAAAACCACACCAGUGCUUUUAGGCAUAUGAUAUUUUCUUAUAUUUUCUUUUAACCGCGUCCAACGUAUUCUUUUAAAUAAAAACCACAUGUGAGAUAUAACAAAUGCUUUUAUUAAAACAAUGUGUGGGCUUCCUUACUUAUUUGCAGAUAUACAACUUUUCAGUAUAUACAUUUUCCGAACACAAGUCUAAGAAUGAAUACAAAGUGUAUGCCUGUAUCUGUAGCAUGGGUUAAAUAAAGCAACCACGACAUAAAAGUGAUUCACUCAA